AUGGGACUAGGAACGCCAGACUCACUGGCCCUGGAAUACGCAUCAGCAAUGACCUUGACUACCACCACGACGGAAUCACCAACCCACCUUAGCUCGUCACUCUGGAAAGUCUUCUCUAUCCCCGAGCUGAUAGAACCCAUCGCCAAAUACCUCAACACCAGCCAACUCCUCAAACUCGGACUAGUCAGCAAGACUUUCUCUCAUAUCUUCCAAUACCAGCUUUCGCUCACGCUCUUUGCAGGCGCCUUCCACGAUCAACCCUAUGGUCCGCUAGGUAUCAAUCCCAUCCUACCGGACGCCUUCCGUAGACUGGCUCCCCGCGUCGGGGCACUGACUCUAGACUUGCUCUGCUUUCGAGACAAGCCGCAGAACGCUAUGCUUAAGACCGUCUAUGAGUACAGCGCCGUGCCUCUGCGUCGGCUUCGCAUCACAUACUGGGGCGAGGAGUUGGGUGUCCUAGAGGAGUUGCUUACACGGCUGCCGAACCUGACAGACUUUUCCGUCACAUUCAAGUCGAGCUCCAACGCCACCGCAGUCGCUAUGAUGCUUACCAGAGUCGGGAAAACUCGCCAAGCCGUAGCAGCAGUAGGAAAUGGGAAUGCUCAUGGAUCAUCUCUACAGCAAGGUGGCGGCGGUGGUCUACAGUCGCUGGUUAUUGAGCUUGAUAUUCCAGAGGUGAAGGCUAUAAAUAUGGCCGACCUGAGUGAGCUCGUUGAAGUCUGGCCGGCCCUCACAUCCCUGAAACUCGCUUGUAUCUCCCUCAAGGUCAACGAUCCUGCCCAACUACAACCAACGACAACGGGAGUCCUACCGCCACCACCUCCUCCUCCACCAGGGUUGACUGCAGCAGCAGUAGCAGCGGCAACAACAACAACAGCGUCUCUGCCUCUGCCUACAAUACCACCAUCUGACUCUACUGGUACCUUGGAAGAGCCCUCGUUCCCGCGUAUGGAAUCGCUCGCAUUGACAGGAUGCCCCCUCGAACCACUCAGCCUCCGAGCCCUGGACAGACUAUUCCCCAACCUCCAGGAACUGGAACUCGAUUCGUGCCCAGGAGGGUGGUACCGGACUCUUGCAGGUAUCCGCACCUCCCAGAACGAACCAAACUCAGACCUUACCUACACUUCAGAUGUUCCGCUCGUCCAUCUUCGCAAGCUGAGCAUCUUAUUCAGGCACCAGAGCUCCCGUAACAAGAUUCUAGGUAUUGUCAAACAUCGGCCUUUUUUGACUUGUAUCAAGACGGAUAUGUUGCCGGAUACGAGGGACGAGCUUUUGGAGGUGGCGGCGUUUUGCUCUGGAGUUGAAGUUAGUGAGUUGGUCGCUGCGCCUGACCCUCCGUCUUUUCUUCCCACGGCUGUGGUUGCAGAUUCGACUUUGACUGCGAGCGCUGGUAUGAACGAGGGUGUUGAUGCUGGUGUAAAUGUAGGCGCGACCUCGACCUCGAGUUCGACUGCGCCCACUGAUGUGGGUACGAGUGGAGGUGCGGACGCGAGGACGACGAUGAAGGAUAUGUCAAGAGUCAGGAACCGGAUCAAACGACUUUCUAUUCAGACGUACGCGUCUCCACCACGCGCCAUGGAUGUGAUCGAGAAGUUCUACAACGCUCCUGCUUUCCGCCACCUCGAGUAUGUCUACAUGCAGAACUGGGAGCUGUCAAUGAAAUUGUUCCCAUUUGCAAAAACGUUGCGAGAACUCAACCUUGGAGGAGCGGAGAGUCGUUUGCAGGACGACGAGUUGGUGACAUUGAACUUGAUCUUGCACCAACUCCCUGUUCUGGAGGACCUCAAGCUUCAACGAUGUGUCGACGGAGCUGCAAUGUUCAAGCUUUUCAAGGGUUUUGGACGAGAGCCCCUCUCUCAAGACGAAAGUCAGCAGGGACAGGUUCAUGGACGACCAGCCAUCAAGGCCAUAUCGCAUGGACAAGCUGACGGACUCUCAUAUCUGCGCAAGAUGUGGUUGUUGUAUAAAGAAUUGGACAACAACGACAACAGGCGCUUGUCUCUGGACGGUCUCAAGACUGCGGUGCUUGAUCGGUUCAUGUUCCUGGAAAAGCUGAAAAUCCAGGCUUGGUUGGAAGCGGAUCUGCCCCCCACGGAAGAAGUUUUUCUGUGGCAGAAGAAGGUUUUGUUGGCGGAGGCAGCCAUGGGAGGAGAAAGAGAGGAAGGAAAAGCGUCAUCGUCGUUGGUGACCAAAUGUAGAGUUGAGUUCAACUCGCGGUCGCAGACUAUUGUUUCUGUUGUUCUGUGA